AUGUUUAGAGAGAUUUAUAAAGGUACUAAACCCCCUCUUCCACCUUUUAAUAGUAGUAGUAAUGAUAAUAAAAUAAAACAGGAUCGUGAUGAAGAAGAGGAAGGAGAGGAAGAAGAAGAAAGUAAUAUUGAUAAAGGUGAAAUCAUUAAACAAGUUGAAUGGAAUCAAUAUUGGGACAAUAGGUUAACAUUAAAUAUUCAAGACAAUCAAUUCCAAUUAUAUGAAGCAAAUACAUUUGUUAUACCAACAACAGCAUCAACGAAUCAAGCUGAAGAGGAACAACAAACAAAUAUAAUCAAUAAUCACAAGAUUGUUGGUAACAAGAUAAAUAAUGAUGAUCAACCAUUCUUGUUUGUACUCUUACAUGGUGGAGGUUAUACAUCAUUAACAUGGUCAUUAUUAAUUCAACAAAUCAAAACAUCCAAUAUCACAAAUAGAAAUUGUAGAGUGAUGGCAUAUGACCUAAGAGGUCAUGGAUCAACAAAAACAACCAAUGAUAAAGACUUUUCAAUAGAAACUCUAGUCAAUGAUACUGUCAAUGUAGCCAACACUUAUCAACAACAAUUGGUUGAAUCAACGUCGUCAUCAUCAUCAUCAUCAUUCAAAGUAAUAUUGGUUGGACAUAGUUUAGGUGGAGCAAUUGCUGUAAAGAGUGCAAAUAGAAUUAAUAAUAUUAAUGCAUUGGUGGUUGUUGAUGUGGUAGAAGGUAGUGCCAUGUCUGCUCUAUCAUCGAUGAGAUCUAUCAUUGCCAAAACACCAAAAUUCUUUAACAGUGUCAGCGAUGCAAUCAAAUGGAGUGUCGAUAGCAACACUCUUCAAAACCUAGAGUCUGCUCAAGUCAGUGUACCAUCUCAAAUCAAACCAACAGAAAACAACAAAUUCACUUGGAUCACAGACUUGAUGUUGACAGAACCAUAUUGGAAGGAUUGGUUUUCGAAUCUUUCCAAAGAGUUUUUGGCAUCAAAAGCUGUCAAAAUGUUAAUUCUUGCUGGAUCAGAUAGAUUAGAUAAAGAAUUGACAAUUGCCCAAAUGCAAGGAAAGUUUCAAUUAAUUCUUCUUCCAUCUUGUGGUCAUAUAAUUCAAGAAGAUAGUCCUAAAUUAACAUUUAAUGCACUAUUACAAUUACUUCAAAGAUUGGGUCCAAUAAUGAGACCCAUAUACCAUCCUACGUCAUCUUAG